GAGCAUUUGAAUUGGCUUUGGCGGACUUUACGCGACGCAUAUCCGUCACACUGCCGUCUUGUCAAUAGCAAACCGCUGGUAACGAGGUAGCGGGACUCGGAGCGGCCGGACACCCCGAGCGAUGCGUAAAAUCCAUCUCCCGGCUCAUCUGACGCGCAGCGCUCGAUCGACUCUGUAGGGAUGUUUCGGCGUCGUUGUCGGGGAUGGCCUGAGGUUUUAAUCGAUCGUCUCCAAAAAGACGCGAACGGGGGCGACUGCGGAGAAGCGAGUCGGGUCUGUCGUCUCCGAAACGGAAUGAGGAGAUGAGCGAGAUGGGACUGUGUCUCGGUUCCGAAGUGACGGAGGAGGAGAAGGCGGCGAAGACCAAUAGUGCCAAAAUAGACAGGGACCUGUACCAGUGUGCCAAACGCGAGAUGAACGUGGUGAAAAUCCUUCUACUAGGUGCUGCAGAAAGUGGCAAAAGCACAUUGGUCAAACAGAUGAAGAUCAUCCACAGCCACGGCUUCACCAAACAAGAGCUCAAUAGCUUCAAGCCAGCAGUGCUUGAUAACCUCCUGACCUCCAUGAAGUUUGUCCUCCAUGGCAUGGGCAUCCUCCGCAUAAACCUGGCCAACAACAAGAAUAAGGUUCAUGCCCAUUCAGUCCUAUCAUGUGGGCGGUGUUUUGAUGAAAAUCAGGUGCUGCUUCCAUUCCUGGGCCACGCCCUUUCCUGCUUGUGGUCGGACAACGGGGUGAGGGCCGCAGCAGCACGGGGAUAUGAAUAUGAGCUCAAUGACUCUGCACUGUAUUUCUUUGAGAACAUGGGCCGUAUCACCUCUCCAGACUAUGUGCCUACAGAAACGGAUGUUCUGCGAGUGCGCCUGAGGACCACAGGGGUCAUAGAGACACAGUUUAAAGUCAGUCACCUCAUUUUCAGGAUGUAUGACGUCGGAGGCCAGCGAACAGAGCGGAGAAAGUGGAUUGCUUGUUUUGAGGAUGUCAGGGCAGUGCUGUUUGUUGUGUCCCUCAGUGGGUAUGACAUGACCCUGAUGGAAGAUCCCUCCAUGAAUCGUUUGCAGGAGAGCCUGAAGCUCUUCUCUGCUAUAUGCAACAACGUCUUCUUUAAAAGCACCUCCAUGAUUUUAUUCAUGAACAAGAUAGAUCUUUUUCAAGAAAAGAUUUUACACUCUGGUCGACAUCUGCGGUUCUACCUCCCUCAAUUUAAAGGUGCAGACUGUGAUGUGGACGCCGCGGCCCGAUUCAUUGCCACCACAUUCAUCUCCCUCAACGCUGUUCCCAGCAAGCUCAUCUACCACCACUUUACUACUGCAACCGACACUUCCAAUGUCCAGAUUGUCUUCCAGGUGGUUAUGGACACAAUCAUGAAAGAAAACCUCGAAGCCGUGUCCCUUCUGUGACUUCUGUAGUCGAGGGUCCUCCGUGUCAUUCGAUGUGGCACUCCGUGUGCUGUUUACUGCACCGAUGACUCCUAGUGCAAAGCUAUAGAGGCUAUCUGGGUUCGGUCAUUUCUGCAAUCCUUUUGUUUUGUAAAUAACAUUGCUGAUUAUGGAAAGGUAAAACCUUAUUUUAAAAGAGUAGAUAAAGGUGUUAAAGACCAAACGUGGUCAUCUCAACUGGGCAUGUCUUGUCUCUCACACACUGAAGAUGCCCCAGGGAGCACUGCAGCAGCAAUUAUCUGUGAUCUUGCUCUUGUGAACUUUAACAUUUUGGCAGAGGAUCUAGAAACUUCUCAUUAAUGCUGUACGUUUUUUGAAUCAUUUCAACGUUUUUUUCUGGAAUGUGGCGUUGAAAACCUCAUCAAAGAAAACUGAAAGGAACGAGAAGGAUGCUUUGGUUAUUCCCUCGACCGGAGUUUGAGCCUGAAAUUGUUAUUAGCUUGACUUUUGAAACCUUGUGUCCUCUGUGUGAGGAAUAUGGACUCCGAUGCUUAUUUAUACUUUUGUAUUUAACUAUGCAGCGCUCAUCAGAGUAUUAACUCAUUUGCUUCUUGCAUUUUGAACAAUAGCAUUUUUUUUCCUUUGUACACAGCAAAACAUGCUGUCUCUUCCUUCUUCUUACCCUUCUUGUGUGUGAGUGUGUGUGUGUGUGAGCACAGAGCGGAGAUUUACUGUUUUGUUUGUUCAAAGAUGCAGGGUUCGCCAGUCCAUACCAUUGUGUAUUUUUCCUCUCAUGCGUCACAUUUAUGUGUCUCCACUGUGCUCCUAUGUCAUAUGUCACACACUCCUAAUUGAGCCGGCAGUCGCAGCGAGAACUGUACUGUCCUGAGCUGGAUCACCAAAGCCUGUCGAGUUGGUGCCUUUCUCUCACCAUCUCCCUUUUCUCUGUCUUCUGGCUGCCGGUAACGUCAGAAUAAAUCCCUGCUUUGACUGUCUUUGUUUUUCUUCCCUCCUCUCUCCACCUUCAAUACCCAGCCUCAGCGUUACCUACCCCUUCGGUGAGCCUUUUUAUGUUUCACACACACACUCUCUCUCUCUCUCCCGCUCUCUCUAACCAUUGAGGAUUAUGUGAGAAUUGACUGACAUGAUCUUACAUCUGAAAGGUCAAAUCACUGUCUUCAGGAAAUCCAGUAAUAAACAGCAUGCUACCCCCUGCAAUUAUGCAAGAUAAAAAGAAAGGAUGAGCAGUGAAAGGAAGGGAGAAACCCUUAAGUGCACCUGAAUGACCUUUUCUGUUGUAGAAUCAUUUAAGUGGCAUUAUUUACAAUAUGUACGUAAUAUCCCGUGUGUUUUUUUCUUUUUACAUAACUAACUUAAAAAUGUUAGUUUUAACCCACCACUGUUGUGAAGUAAUACUUCUGGUAUUUUAAUUGAUCAUUUGUAGUAAAAUGUUAUCAGAAAUUAAAGAACUGUAACACAGAUCUUUCUAA